GAUUUAGCAUUGAAAAAUGUGAAGAUCUAUGUCAGUAAAUUUUUAUCAGAUUUUGUAAUACAUCCUGGUUCAUGAACCCAAAAUUGAAAAUUUUAUGGCCUUGCUAUGCCUAUCUUGAAAAAGGUUGAGAAUUUAUAAAUAUUAAAGCAAAGGGUUUUGUGUGAGUCAAGAGCUUUGAUUAACAACCUUCCAAGAAUGACAGCUGGAGGUGGAAAAACAACUGGUCAGGCAGCUGCCACUGACAGUACAGCCACCCUCAAACUCUUUGAUGGAUUGCAAACAGAUCUUAGGACUCUGUGUCUCCAAAUUAAGAAGAAAUAUCCACACAUAAAGGAGUCUUGCGAGGAUGCUAUGGUUCAGUUACGCAGCGUUUCAUCAUCAUGCAGCAAUAAAAGUUCUUCAGCUGCCUUGGCUCCUGUGGCACCUCAUGUCCUGCACCCAUUACUACAAGCCGCUCACACCAAGGACCCUAAAAUUGUUCAGCUGUCACUUGGGAUCAUCCAGCGAGUUGUGGUUGCAGGUGGAGUAGUCGAGUCGAGCUGUGGGGGUCAGGUGGUGGAGGCUCUCUGGCUGCUCAUGGAAGCUGGGGUGGAAGAGCUUAAAGUUUUGCAAACCAUAACACUUUUGGUCACCACUAAUGAGGCAAUUGUUGAUGAACAUCUGGCAAUGGCCCUUGUAGUGGCGCUGCGACUGCACUUCACUAAAGAUGCAGUCGUUGCUAACGCAGCGUCUGCCACAGUGAGACAGCUCGUCAGUGCCGUCAUGGAGAGAAUGGUGGCAGAAGAUAAGAAGAGGGAUGAGGGUGGUGGUGAGGUUGCUGAAGGUGGCAAGAGCUUCGACGUGGAGGAACUGAAAGUUCUCAAGCCAUCACCACCGAAGACCCUCGCUCCUGCCGCCGCUGAUGCCUUCCUUCUCGUGCAGGAUUUGGUGCAACUAGUGAACGCAGAUCAGCCAAUGUGGCUGGUGGGUUUGACAGAAAUGACUCGCACGUUCGGCUUGGACCUGCUGGAGAGCGUUCUAGCUACCUUCCCUCAAAUUUUCUUCAAGCACCCGGAGUUUGGUUACCUGCUGAAGGAACGAGUGUGUGCCUUGGUCAUCCAGUUGUUCUCCCCCAACAUUAAGUACCGAACUCAACACUCUAGUGGAGGUGCUGUCUCACACUCCUCUCCCUCAGUGCUCUAUGACAAGCCUUACUUCCCGAUUACCUUGCGUCUACUCAGGCUCGUUGCUGCUCUCAUCCAUCACUAUUAUCCGCUUCUGGUAACACAGUGUGAGAUAUUUCUGUCGCUGUUGGUCAAGUUCCUGGAGUGCAACGAGCGGCCAGAGUGGCAGCGCUGUCUCGCCCUCGAGGUGCUCCACAACCUCACCACGCAGCCUCACCUUCUCCUGCAGUUCACCAGGCAUUAUGACUGCCGUCCUCACUCAACUAAUAUCUUCCAGGACAUCGUGAACAGCUUGGGAGCGUUUGUACAGAGUCUUUUCCUGUCCGGUGGCAGCAGUGGAGCGAGUGGCGGUCCUGGGAACAGCAGCGGCAGUGCGACAACCACAACACACACUCCAGGCUCGUCAUCUUGCUAUUGUGUAGUGAAUACAUUAUUUGUAGGUAAAGCUGUGUACCUGCAGAUGGUGGAUAAGCUUGAGCCUCCUGUGAUCCCUGACGGCUACUGCGUGUCGUUAGCUUGUCUUUGCUUGCUGGAGACGACGCGCUCCAUACAAAGACUUCUGCUACAGAGGCAAGAGCGUUUGGAACGCGAAAGCAACGAUACCAGACAAGCUGCAGUUUCCACGUCCGACUUGGAUACCGUGCCUGUGAAACUCUCUGCCGUCACUGACGCCUCAGUUCCUGAUGAUAUUGUAUCCACAACUUCUGAAAUUAGUCUCCAUGAAAAACACAAGCCUGACAUGGAAGCGGACGAAGUAGAAGUGGCGCUACGGGACUCCCCCGACGCUCCUGAACCCGCCGCUGACGUGGAGGGCCUCAAGUGUGAGACCAAGUGUGAGGGCCUCAGCGCGGCUAAGCUCGUCGCUAAGCUGGACAGUUCCAGCUCUACUCCUGGUGAUGGUAUGCCAGGAGCAGCACCAGCUGAAGAGGAGGUGCUGAGUCAGCUGGUGACGUCAGCUUGGUGUGGUCUGCUCGCCGCCCUCAGCACGCUGCUCGAGGCCUGCACCGACGAAGCUGCCACUGAGAGCAUCUUGCAAGCCUUCCAGAGCAUGGCGUGGAUCUCCGGCACGCUCGGCCUUAGCACCCCCAGAGACGCGUUCAUCACGGCGCUCUGCAAGUCCUGCCUGCCGCCCCACUACACACUGACGGUCCUCAACACACCUCAGUCUUCCCCAAGCUCGGGGGUCACCUCCACCAUCUCCUCCACUAAACCCCAGCAACAUAUUCAUCAGAAUUACCACGAUGCUGAGGUGCGGCAGCAAGUGGUGGCAGUUGGCAGCGCGCUCGCCACGUCUGCCACUCCUUCAGGAGCGCAGCAGGGGCCUGUCAUGCUCACCAACAAGAAUCUUCAGGUGAUGAGAGCAGUGCUGUCUCUGGCUCACUGUCACGGUGGCGUGCUAGGCAGCGCCUGGCAUCUCGUGCUCACCACCCUACAGCAUCUCGUCUGGGUCUUGGGGCUCAAACCUGCGGCGGGGGGUAGUUUGAAGCAAGCAAACCGAACGAGCAACGACAGCAACGCGGUGAUAACAACAGCAGUUAUCGCUGACCUGCCCGUGCUGUCGUCGAUGUUGUCGCGGCUGUUCGAGUCGUCAGCUGAGCUGGAUGACGUCGCCCUGCAUCAUCUCAUCGACGCUCUCUGUCAGCUCAGCUCUGAGAGCAUGCAGCUCGCCUACACCAACAGAGAACCCAGCCUCUUCGCCGUCGCCAAGCUCCUCGAGACCGGUCUGGUGAACCUAUCCCGCGUGGAAGUGUUCUGGCGGCCCAUCACGAACCACCUGCUGGAGGUGUGCCAGCACCCACACAUCAGGAUGCGUGAGUGGGGCGUGGAGGCCGUGACCCACCUUGUCCGUACCGCCCUGACCCACCCUCACCUCAUGAGACCUAAGCAGGGCAACGCUGGCACCGCCUUCAGGGACAAUCAGCGAUUACAAGCCCUGCUGCUGUCGCCACUGUCAGAGCUGUCAACGUGCAGCCAUGCUGACGUGCGUCAGAAGCAGCUGGAGACGAUGCUGACGGUGCUGCACAGCUGCGGCGAGCAGCUGCAGCACGGAUGGCCGACGAUCCUUACUGUCAUCGCAGCUGUCAAUGAAAAUCACAGCGAUUCGCUGGUGCGGCUGGCGUUCCAGUGUCUGCAGUUGGUGGUGACAGACUUCCUGCCUGUGAUGCCCUGGCGGUGUCUGCCUCUCACCGUCGCGUCUGCUGCCAAGUUCGGGGAACACACGCAAGAGCUGAACAUCUCCCUCACCGCCAUAGGACUCAUGUGGAACAUCAGCGACUACUUCUACCAGAACCAAGACCGCGUGCGGAGCUGCCUUACCAGUGACACGGGACCAGCUUUCCCAGCCUUCCCUGGCGUGCCUAACAUGCCGCCCUUUGACAAGCUGUGGAUGUGUCUCUAUGCCCGACUAGGGGACUUGUGUGUAGACGGACGCCCCGCAGUCCGCAAGUCCGCGGGCCAGACUCUCUUCUCGACCAUCGCAGCGCACGGCUCCCUCCUGCACAACGCUACCUGGCAGGCUGUCUUGUGGCAGGUACUGUUUCCACUACUAGACAAAGUACGUCAGUUGUCAGCCACUGCGAGCACUGAGAAGGUGGAUGAAGUGGGCAACAUACUCAUCCACCACAGCCGCAACACCCACCAGAAGCAGUGGGCUGAAACUCAGGUGCUGACGUUGUCAGGCUGUGCGCGCGUGUUCAGCACGAAGCAGCACCUGCUGCUCGGUCUGCCUGACUAUCCUCGAGCCUGGGCCCUCAUGCUGGACUUCAUCCACACCGCCGCCCUCAGCCGCACCAACGAGGUAUCCCUGGCUGCCCUGAAAUCCCUGCAAGAGAUGCUGCAGUCUUCACAAUCUCCCAUCAUCGUCAGCAACGACACGUCACCUACCACGUCUUCUGUAAGCUCUUCCACGUCUUCCUUAGCUGCUUCGGCUGCCCCUGCAAGUGCUGGUGGAAGUGCCGAGAAAAAAGCAACGCCUCCUGACGAGGAGGCAGAAGAAGUGGCCAACUGGAACACUGCAUGGAAAGUAAGAAUGGUUCUCGUUCNGCCAGUGCCCGUGUCUGCAGACUCUGCAGCGUUUGUGCUGCCGUCCUCCUCUGACGCUUCCGUCGUCACGCCCCUGCAGGACGCCGUUCUGUCUGUCCUGCGUACACUCCUCAUGCACGUCACUGCUGGAGCCUUCACGAGCUGCGACAAGGUAAACAACAACUUCAUCGGAAAAGAUGUCGGAGAUAACGCAAGUCUCAACAACAGCUCUCGCAAGAAUUAUCCUGAGCCCAGUACAUCUCCUACAUUAGAAGGUCCUAAAGACGCUGCCUUAGCUGCUCUGGUGCCGCAGGUCUUCUCAUUACUCUUGCACUUCGCGACCUAUAGUUAUAAACUGCCGUCAUGGGGCGGCCUCCACACCAGACCAUACAGCAAUAAAGCUAGGCUGUAUCAGGUGACAGCCACCUGGCAGCCAGUGCUGGACAGCCAUGUUCUCGAAGACAUCGUCCAGUGCUGCUCGCCGGGCUUGAGUCUGAAGUAUUUGUGCGGGUCGUGGCGCUGCCUCAUCGGCGCCCUGCUCACGGUGCUGGAGACAGGCCUGCCUCUGGCGCGCCUACACCCCCAGCAACACGCGUCCUUCUGGAACACGCUUAACACGGCGCUCGAUGGCUUCCUCUUCUCUACAAGUCCACCGCCACCCAACCAGAGCGGAGAGGAGGCCGAGGCAGACGAGGAGCUGGACUGCCGCGUGGUGCAGCUGCUGCAGGAGCAGGUUCUGCCCCACCCGACCACUACGCCCCCACACUUCCUCAUGGGGGCCAUGAUACUGCUCAACAAAGGCUCCAUCCAUUCCGCCCCAACUACUGAACUAGAGUGUGGGAGACUGAGGGAGCAGUUCGCCAAGUGCUGCUUCGAGACGCUGCUGCAGUUUGCCCUUUUCUCUCCGUCACAUUUUCUCCCCUCCGGCGAGUUGUUCUCUCAGAAAACAGGCAGCGACAGCCUAACAAGCAGCAGCAGCGGCGUGCCGUUGCUGGGCGUGUCUGGGGACGGAGGCGUGACGAGUAAACUGGCGGUCACGUCACUGCUGCACCGCUUCAAAGACGUGCUGUGUCGCUUUGUCGACGACUCGGCCAUAUCUGGGGGAUGUCCACUGCCUCGCCACCGUCUGGCCGAGGUGAGCUUCGUGCUGCAGGCGAUCGCGACGCUCAUCUCUUCCCUGCAGCAAGCGCCGCCUCACAAAGUUGAUGCUCUGACGUGGCGUCAGCUGAUUGGUCUCUACCCUUACCUGGUGGAGGCCGGUGGUGGAGGUGGCAACUUCCACCCCAACUUGUGGCGGUCGCUUCAUCAGAAUUAA